AUGAUCCCAAACGGUACAUCAAGCCUUUCACGUCAUGGCUCAGUAUCAUCACAAAGUUCUGUUUCAUCAACAACCUUUGAAACGGGAUCCUCAACUGCCAGUAGUAGAGAAAGACUAUCCUCUCUUCCUCCGAUACCACCCCAACAACAACACAAAAAAGAUCGUUUUGAAUUUAAACUCUUCGGACACUUCCCAGCUCGUUUUGAAAACAUUACAGCACAAUGUUAUCAUUCCUCUCAACAAAUUCUGGUAUUGGGAAGUGAGUUCGGAGAGGUAACUUUUGUUGGAGGAGAUGUUCAUCAUUCCAUCAAUAUUUCAACUGAAUACAGAAUUGAGAGUAUUCAAUACGAUGCAGAUGAUUAUCAAAAAACGAAUUUCUAUAUUUUAUGUAAUCAUCGAGAGAGUAUGAGCAAUCACACCAUUCUCUCAUCAUCAUCUUCCAUAAUAAUUUGCUAUGAUUUUGCGAAAAAACAAAUCAUUCAACAAGUCACAUUUCAACCCACUCAAUACGUUCAGAAUAUGAAAUGUUGCAAAUCUUAUUUAUUACUCACCAUAUUAGAUAUUACCAAUCCUAAUAUGAUGAUACCCUAUGUCAAAUAUAUGUCAACCUCAAAUUUUAAAUUUAUUUCUACCAUUACUCUUCUUCAUCCAAUGCUCACUCAAAUGUCUCAACUACAACAACAAAUACCACAAUUACAACAGCAACCACAAUUAAUCACUGAUUUGCAAAUAACCUUUGUUGAGCCUCAUCCUCAAUAUGACCAUGUCGUUGCAGUUGGAUACUCAAAUGGAGACACAAUUAUUUAUUAUAUUUAUCACAUUCAAAAUACAAGUAGUAAUAUGGUGGCUACAAAUUUGAAUUGCAUAACCAUUCCAUCCAAUGAAAGAGUUACUUGUCUCAAUUGGCAUACUCCAACUAUUCUAAUCUCUGGAUAUGGAAAUGGAACAUUUACGUUGUAUGAAAUUAAUCAUCCAACAUUUCAAUACUCAAAAUAUUAUGAAAUGAACAUUCUCAAAGGAUCUACUUCGUUUUUAACCUCUCUCAAUCAAUAUAUCAUUUUUGGAUUGAAAGAGGAUUCUGUAGAUGCUGGUAUUUAUUAUUUAAAAAUGAAUUAUGAAGUGAAAUCUAUAGAAUUUAUUAGAAAUAUUUGGUGUGAGGGAAAUGAUAUUCAUAAUGUCACACCAAUGAGAUCAGUAUUUGAUAAUUCAUCCAUACUCUCACUCUUUGCAAGUGUUAUCUAUGGUCCUAAUAGAAAUAUUCUUGUUUUAGAUUUGUUGGAACGAAUGGCCUAUCAAGAAAAAGAAUUACAACUUUUUAACAUUGAGAAAUAUUCAGUUCCAACACCAUUCUACUCCAUUAACGAUUUACAGUGCAAGAAUGAUCAAUUUGUCAUGCUAAAAGCCUCUACAAUUGAAUUAUCUAAUUUAAUUUAUAAUACAUGUCUCAACAAUUAUAAUAAUGAAUCCUAUCGAAAGAACAUUCUUGAAUAUUAUAUGAGACCAGCCAAUCGAUGGAAUGUUUUAGGUAUCAAGCAUUCUCAAUACAGAGUCGAUGUGAACACAGAUGAUGAUAACUAUAUUUUGGCUAAAUUAUCAGACACAGAAUUUGGAAGUGCCAUCGAACUAUAUUUAUGUAAAACCUACUUUCAUGAUGUGAGAUAUAUUUAUACCAUUGAAAAUCAAUCCAAUUACAAGUUAAUGUGUAAAUGGAAUGAUAGUGUGAUUGUACUCUGUACGUGUGAGGGUCAUUUAGAUUUUCUUCAUGUACCUUCAGCCACAAUUUUCAGUCAUAACAUUGCGAAUAGUCAAGAUUCUACGAACACAUCCGGAGGAACUCCAACUAGUCAAUCAUCUUUGGCCGAAUCACAGAAUAUGAACAACACGUUUCAGAGUUUGAUUUCACAAAUUGCUCGCCAUAACUUUUCGAGUCGUCUCAAUUGUUCUGGAACUAUUGUGAAAAUGUAUCCCAUUCAAAUUAUCAAUCAAUUAUUGCUCGUCUAUGACAAUGGUACUAUUAAGGUAGUCUCUAUUCAUCAAGAUUUAUCAAAUUCAGAUAUUAUUGAGAAUGGAAAUGAUCAUCAUUUUGGAAGUGUCAUUUUUGAACUCGUUCCAAGUGAUAUGAAACCUUCGGAAGGUUCACCAUUUAUACGAAACAUUCUACCCAAGUCAUCCUCUUCUUUGAACCAACAAAAUCAACAUUCAAAAGAUUCUAAUCAUAUCAUCAUUACCUCCAUUGAAUGUUCUUCCUAUCAUAACUGUAUUUAUGCUCUCAUUGGUUAUGCAUCAGGAAGACUUUGCCUCAUUCAUUUAUAUGAUUUGGAUUACAUGACUAAACAUUACGCAAAAUUCAACAAAUACAUUCUCUCUCAGAGAUGGAAAGAUCUUGCCGAUGUACUCUCUCCGAUUUGCAUUCACGAUUCGAGUUCUAGCAGUAGUAGUAACAGUAGUAUGGGUAAAAUUAUUGAUAUUUAUACAGUGAAUGAUAUUUAUAAUGAAUAUAAUACGAGUCAUAUGAUUGAUCAUCGAUUUCUACCACCUCGUCUUCGUAAAGAAUAUGCAACGAAUUGUUUAUUGAAUUCUUCCUCGAGUCCUCUCUGUUACACUAUUUAUAGUAAUUCUCUCAUGAAUGUGUUUGGAACAGCCAAAAAUUCGUACAUGACAUUUCCUAUUGAUUCUAAUUAUCCAUUAGUUGUUCUAUUCCAAACAAAGAAGGCAUUAGCACUCUCCUUUCAAUUUACUUUGGAUAUACUCGAUAUCAAAUUUUACACCAUUUCAAAGAUUGAUCAAAUUGCAAGUUAUGGUUUUUCUGUGAAUGGUGUGUCUUUUGAGUUUGAUAUUGAUACUAAUUACAAGAUUGUACAAAGUGAUCAAAUUGCUAUUGCUGCCUCUGGAAGUGAAUAUCGAAUUUAUGUUAGAAAUAAUACUAGUAGUAGUAGUAGUAGCACUAGUACUAGUAGAAAUAAUACUAGUACAAGUGUAGUCAUGUUUGAAUGUAUUGGAUCGAGUGCAGCACCUGUCGAUGCUCUUCUCAACCAAUACAUUACAAACAUGAAUAUCAAAUUACUUUCACAUCAUAUCCAUGAUAAGGAAAUGGAAACAGAAUUCAGCACAUUGAAUCGAAUGAAUAUGUGUGAUAUGGAUUAUUUGUCUCAAUAUAUUGACCAUAUUGAAAUAUUUAACAACAUGUCCUUUACAGAUAUGCAAGGAAAGAAAGCAACAACCAUUCAACCUGAAAUUGUUGGAUUUUUAUCUCAAUCUGGAAUUCCUCCACUUGGUCAACCUCAUGGUCUUUCUCGAUCCAAAUAUAUUAUUGUGGUACGACAGAAAGGUAUUGAAGAAUAUAUUUUAGAGGCACCAAUGAUUCGAUUGAAAAAGUUUUCACUCAAAGAAGGUCGAAAAUAUACACAUCCUAACAUGGUUCAAACAAGUGCGAUGGAAUAUGUUGGCAAUUUAGAGAAUCAAUCACUCAUCCUGUUGGACAAUCAAUUUAAUUUAAUGAUCUUUACAUUGAGACCCUCUCUCACACAGAAUUACAAAUCAUUUGAAUGUGUCUAUUCACAUCGAAUUCAACACUUGUAUGAAACCAUCUUUCUGAGAGAUGAAAAGUCAUUACCACAUCAUGAUUCCUUCCAUUUAAAAACAUUUGACCAUGGAAAGGAUGUUUUUCUCUUCAAUAAUGAACACAUUUAUAUGGGUACUUUAUUUGAUCCCAAAUAUCACAAGAGUAAGGACAUUCUUGAGCCUAUUCUCUAUACGAUUGAUUACAAACCAUCCAAAAUGGCUGCAGUCGGAGAGAGUAUUGUGAGCUUUUUCAAAAGUUUUACAAAAUCAACACCCAAUGAAAAGGAUUUGAAUGACACCUUUUGGAAAAUAUGUUCUCAAUUGCAACGAGAGGAUUUGAAUAUUGUGCAGAAUAUGGUGAUUGCUCCCACGAGUACAAGUAGUUCAUCCCAACCAUCAUCCGAUUUUCACGAAAAAACCAUAGUUUCAACUUUUCUUUCAAGUGAACUUGUGAAACCACUUCCAAAACCACCUCAGAAAUCGAGCCCAUCAACAGUUGCCGUUGCAUGCAAUUCCACACAACAACCAAGAAGUGUUGACAAACGAGAGCUGUUGCUUGGACCACAGAAUGAUGCAAGUGUUUCAAAUGCAGCGAAUAGUGGCAGCGUGAGUGAACAACGUAUUUUAGGUUCAGAUAGUGCAUCCAUGAAAAGAUCUGAGUUAAAUCAAAGAUUGGAAGAGACAAAACAGCAAAUGCAAGAAAAUUUAAGAAAACUAAAUGAACGUGAAGAAAAAUUAAGAGAAAUCAAGGAAAAAACAAAUGAACUUUCGAAUUCUGCAAAAUCAUUCGGAGCGAACGCUCAAAGAUUAACAGAAAAAUCAAAAGGAUUCUGGUUCUAA